AUGAGUAAGGUGAUGUGCACGAACCAGCUGGCGGCGGGCGCGUUCGGGAAGGUGUAUCACGGGCUGUACGAGGGCGAUGACGUGGCGGUGAAGCUGCUGAACGUGCCGGCGGACAUGGCGGCCAAGGACCUGGAGGGACUCAAGAGCUCCUUCCUGCAGGAGAUCAAAGUGUGGCACACGCUCUCCCACCCCAACGUCGUGCAGUUCAUAGGCGCGUCGCUUAACGCGGGGAACAUCCGCGCGCCGAGCGACGCGAAGCCGCCUCCGGGGCAGCCGCUGUGGGCGAUCGUGACGGAGUACAUGGGCGGGGGCACGCUGCGCGGGUACCUCGCCCGCCGCGGCAAGCUUCCGCCCAAAGAGAGCGUCCGCCUCGCGCUGCACAUCGCGCGCGGCCUCUGCUACCUGCAUGCGCGCGACGUGGUGCAUCGCGACCUCAAGUCCGACAACCUGCUGCUGGACCACAAAGGGGCGGUCAAGAUCGCGGACUUUGGCGUGGCGCGCACGGAGGCCAAGAACCCCAACGACAUGACCUGUGAAACCGGCACCGUGCGCUGGAUGGCGCCCGAGGUGAGGCGGGGAGGGGGAGUAGUCAGAGGUGCGCUGGAUGGCGCCCGAGGAGAGGCGCGCACGGAGGCCAAGAACCCCAACGACAUGACCUGCGAGACCGGCACCGUGCGAUGGAUGGCGCCCGAGGUGAGGUGGAUGGCGCCUGAGGUGAGCUGGAUGGCGCCUGAGGUGAUAGACCACAAGCCGUACACGCGCAAGGUGGACGUGUACAGUUUUGGCAUCGUGCUGUGGGAGUUGGUCACCAGCGAGCUGCCCUUCAAGGGCCUCACCUUCAUCCAACUCGCCUUCAACGUCGUCAACAAGAACAUGCGACCGGAGGUGCCAGCGGGGUGUGAGCCGGAGCUAGCAGCGUUGAUGCAGGAGUGUUGGGAUGCGGAGGCGGACAAGCGCCCCGAGUUCACGCAGGUGGUGGCGCGCCUGGAGGCACUGCAGCACCGCCUGGGCGGCACCAUGGACGCUCAGGGUGGGUGCUGCACGCUGCUCUGA